AUGGAUUAAGUAAAUUAAGCAUUUAAAGAAUUGUAUUUUUAAGGAGAGCCCUAUGAAAAUGUUAAAGAAAAAAUAGAUCAAUGUCCUUAUGAUGAAGUUGCGUCUCUUAUGGAAAAUUAUGUUAAAAAUUAUCUUGAUGUAAUAUUUUAUUAACAAGUAGACAGUACAAAACAAUUUACAUUCGUAUAGUUAUAAUGAUUAAGAUUCUGCAAAGUUCUACAUUGAAUAACUGAAUAGUCAUUGGAUUAGAAUAUAGAAUAUUGCAUAAGAGUUGAGUAAAUACUAAUAAUUAAGUAAUGGCUUUAGAGUAAAUUUGAAAUUAAUUUAGAUUUAAGAAUAUCAUAGGAUAAAGUUUUAAGAUAGGAUAUUUUAAGAUAACAAGAUUAAUUUUGCAUUAAGAGAGAUUUGCAGAAUCUACAAAUUCAAUUAGCUGAUAGAAUGUUAUUUUGGUUCUCUUGUAUUUCAAUAUUUCAAACCCAAAAUUACAACACAUUAAGACCUUAUGACUAAUUGGUUAACAUAUAGUUAAUGUGAAUAAGGCAUUGAUGAAAUUAAGGAUUUUGAAAGAAGACUAGAAUGCGCCAUGACAAAUUUACCAGAUAAUGAAAAACAAUAACCUAAAUUACCACCUAAUUGGGAAAAAAAUAUGGUAAAUUUAAUGAAAAAGAAAAAGAAGAAGAUAUGA